UGAUUUUAAUCAAAUUUUGAUAUUCACAUCAUCAAUCUCAUUAUGUCUUCAAAAGGAAAAGGUGGUGGCGGUGAAACUGCCGGAACCGAUACAGGUAGUGGUGGUGAUAAUAAAACACCACAACCAAAUCCACAAUUACAAGCAUCAUCACGUCGUAUGCAACAAACACAGGCACAAGUGGAUGAAGUAACAGAAAUAAUGCGUGUAAAUGUUGAAAAAGUAUUGGAACGUGAUGCAAUGAUAUCACAAUUGGAUGAACGUGCCGAUGCAUUGAAAGAAGGUGCCGAAAUGUUUGAAAAACAGGCCGGUGCAUUGAAAUCAAAAUAUUGGUGGAAAAAUAUGAAAAUGAUGUUAAUUAUGGGCGGUAUUGGUGUCGUAUUCGUAUUGGUCAUUUUUGUUUGGUUCAGUAAUUAAACAAAAAAAAAAUUCAAAAAGAAAAA